UGUUCCAUCCUCCAUAGCUAGGCUGAUGUAAGUAUACCUAUAUACAUUUUCCCAGUGUUAGCUCCCAACUCCCAAGCGAACGAAGCAAAAGGAGUUGAGAGAGAGCGCCUGCAGCUUGCUAGUUGCUACUACUUUAUUACUGUACUGACACUGACUGGUGAGUUGGUGACUGCUGCCACGACAUCGAUAUAUAAGUACGCACACACCUAGUAGCCAGAGAGAAAGAGAACAACCAAAGGGGCCACGCAAUUAUAACUUAUAACCAAGAGACAAAAGUAACUUAAAGUACGAGAGUUAGGUAUAUACACCACACAAAGAGGACGACGACGACGGCAACGUAUUGAGGUGUACAACCGUAACGUCAACGAGAACGAUAAGCAAUCCCUCAUCGUCAGCUUGCGCGUAGCAUGUCCACGAUGAAUCCCGAAUAUGAUUACUUGUUCAAACUGCUGUUGAUUGGCGACUCUGGUGUUGGCAAAUCAUGUCUGUUGUUACGGUUCGCCGACGACACCUAUACGGAAAGCUACAUCAGCACCAUCGGUGUUGACUUCAAAAUCCGGACUAUCGACUUGGACGGCAAAACGAUAAAACUCCAGAUUUGGGACACCGCCGGCCAAGAGCGAUUCAGGACUAUUACGAGUUCGUACUAUCGUGGCGCGCACGGUAUCAUCGUCGUUUACGAUUGCACGGAUCAGGAGUCCUUUAACAAUGUCAAGCAGUGGCUCGAGGAAAUCGACCGCUAUGCCUGUGAUAACGUCAACAAACUCUUGGUUGGCAACAAAUCUGAUCUGCAAACUAAAAAAGUCGUCGAUUACCAGACAGCCAAUAAAUACGCUGAACAGCUAGGCAUUCCGUUCCUCGAGACGUCGGCUAAAAACGCGACAAAUGUCGAACAGGCUUUUAUGACUAUGGCUGCAGAAAUCAAAAGCCGAGUGGGACCACCAUCGGGUGGCAGCGAGCCCAUCAACAAGAUUAAGAUCGAAGGCAAUGUCGUUGAUACCUCGGGAGUCUCGGGUUCCAAGACCGGAUGCUGCUGAAACAUUUAAGACCAACCAACCAUCGAGGCCGCAUCGUUCCCAUCCCUCGAUCCUUUGGAUACGAGUGAGCUUUUUCAAACAUUUCAUUCGUUCCGACCAACAAACCAGCAAAAAAACAAACUGAAUGAACUUAUGAGUAUAAGAGAAAUAAUAAUGGUGAUAAUUAUUAUUAUUAUUAUUACGAGAGGGAAAGGGACCUUUUUUUUAUUUACUUACAGGAAACUUGCUUUCGAAAAUUGAAAAAAGAAAAAAAAAAAAAGACUCGUGCAUAUGACGCGGGCAAUUGAUUAUUCUUUGUGCUCUAUCUAUUUUUCUCCUCUGUUUUUUUCAUACGUUAUGUAUACUUUUCUUUAUUUUUUUAGGAGGCAAUGUAUAACUAGUAUGUAUGUACUGGAGAAUCUGUAAAUUUUUUGUGUAACUGAUAAAUUAUUCAUUUAAAGUCAAGUGGCUUUUUAUUAUACUUACCAUAAACGUAAACGAACAAGAAGCAAAGAUGAUAAUUUUGUAUACAGUCCUUUUUGAUCGCAUGUUAUGAAUAUAGCAUAUAUCGCCCUGCAAGACUUAAUUUCUCCAAUUUCUUUUAUUUUUUUAUUAGCGCAGCUUAAAAACUAAAAUAAAACCCUGAGCUGCUCGUCUAAUGUGCUGAUCGUGAUUGAAAUAAUAAUUAUUAUUAUUACAAGGACAAAUUUUGGAGUGAAAGAGGUGAUAAAGUUAGCGAGUCCGUGCGUGUGUUGAGUAGACUGAAGAUUAUAACGAGUAUUCGGGAACUAAAUUUUCGAUAAAUUAACAAAGAACAGUAAUGAAUGAAAGGGUGGAGUUCUUGUAACCGAAAAACAUACAAGUAUUACAGCGUUGAAAAUUGAUGGAUUAUCAAUUUAUUCAACAACUUUCAUUCAUUCUAGUUUUUUAAACAAAAAAAAGAAAAUACUAAGCAUCAAAACACUAGUUUCGAUCGAUCAGUGAGCACCAUGAAUUCCAUUCAACUUUGUUUACAAAGUAAUACGAAUUACUGCUUAGCUGUGAUUAUCAAAUAGAUGCAAAAGAGAGCGGAUGAGUUAGGAAAAACCGUAGCGUUAACAAUAAUAAGAUUGUAUUAAUCAUAGAGUAGACGAUUAAUUAAAACAAGUAAUAGAAAAUUCCAUGAAGUAAACUUUAAUUUUGUAGCCUAAAUGUUUAUGACAACCAUGUAUUGUGUAAAAAAAAAAGAAGGGACAAUGAGAAAGAAAAGGAACAACAACAUUCUUUGUUUUUCUGGAAGAAUGUUUGCUACGAUUUGCUAGUGAAGACAAAAUUUGUGCAUAUAAUAAAUAUUCUUUCAGUAUGGAAUUUUUUCGUGUUCAAUACAGUCUUCGCUCGCGUGCGCUAUAAUUUUGCGUUGCCCAAUUGAGAUCUCGACUUGCAACAAAUAAGGAAAAUGAUUAAAGUAAAUGGUUAUCAAAUAAUGAUCCUUAGACAAAGCUCUGGUGGAUUUGGAUAAGCGAAAAAAAAGUUCAUCGCCGCUACGUGGCUUACGUUCAAUGAUUUGAUGAUAAAAGUUAUUAAACGCAGAAUUUUGAAAUUAACAAAGACGUUCAAUGAUGCUCGCUAGGCUCGUGCUCGAUCGUAGUCGUACUGUUAUAACGUAACAAAUUAAUAAACGAAAAAAAAAAAAAAAAAAAAAAAAAAAAAAAAAAAAAAAC